CACGCCGCAACCGACCCAGUUCCCUCGUACAUUAAAAAUAGCACAAUAGCUCAAUCACUAUUUUUAGUGUAUCAUUAUAACCAACACUUAUCUGAAAACGGCGCGAUUUUUAUUCUACAAUCAGUCGGACGGUGCUAUGCGUGGCGUGAAGGUAGCUACCGCGCAACUCCACUCGCAUACAAACCCAGCAAUCGAUACCGGAUUCACAUUAUUCAGUUGUUUCCUCUCGUGAUCUUUAGAGGACCGUUUUAGUAACCGCUAGAUUUUUUAGUUUAGUAAACAAGGGAACAUGUUUUAAGACUUAGCUUGAUAAUGGAAGGGAGUGUUAAAAGGUACAUUAGGAGCGAAUCCGCCAGCUGUACUCAUAUAGUUGAGGAAACAGCGGCGCAUAAUAGGAAAAAUGUUGAUCCCCAUGAGAAACUGAAGGCUUUGUUGAAUUCGCCUGAAGAAGAAGGUGAAGAGGCAUUACCACCGACCGAUGCUCCGAAGUUCGGGACUGUAAUUCAUAACAGAAUCUUCGUUGGUGGGUUUUCUUUAACGACGACAGAUGAAGACUUGUGGAAGUUUUUUUCCGGAUUCGCGACAGUGACUGCGGCCAGAGUGAUCUAUGACCGAGCUGGUGUGUCCAAGUGUUACGGCUUUGUGACGUUUGCAAGCCCUAGGGUGGCAAGGCUGAUUGUUAAACAGAGUGGGGGCGUGAUGUUUUCGCCCUUAGGAAGGCUGAGGGUUGCUCAGGCAGUCCGGAAACAGAUGAGCCAGCUACCAGUGCUCAGCACGGAGGCGGCGCCCCUGCAAGCGCCCCUGUGCUACCAGCUGCUCUGUGCGCCCCCGUUAGCGCCGCUGCCCGCGUGCGCGCCCUGCGAGAUGCCGCCGCCACCGUACGCUGUUUAUCCUAUACCUUUUGACACCACCCCAGCAAUAUACGGGCCGCCUGCGCAGUACACACUAGUGCCAGCGCCCUACACCCCCUGCUGCGAGCCGGCCUGCUGCGCGCCCCUGGACAAAACGCCCCGGGUCCCGCCACAGAUACACCCCGCUUUUAUAUACUAGACUUUUGUUAAAACAGCUUGGAAUGACGAGAGAUUAUAAGGCAUUUUCGUCGAAAAAAAAAACUAUAUUUAAAUUCUAUACAUAUUUAUUAUUUUCUCAAAAUUUUGAUAUUUAUUUGCCUCAAAAAAAAAAUCUGCACAUAGAUUAUAGUUAGUGGAGUGUGAUUAUUUUAAUGAUAAUUAAGUCCAAUUUCGGCAAAUUUUUAUCAACGGGAUUUUUCGAUUUAUUUUUACAUUACCUACAUAACACAACGCCCCAAUUUCGCGUUUGGUUAAUAACAGUUCAAUAAACAAUAUUCUUUUUACGUAAAAUCUCUUCUGAUUGGUUACAACAUUAUACCGACAUUGAUACAUGUAUACUUAAGAUUUCAACAAUCGAAAAUGUAAAAAAAAUGAGAAUCAUAUUUUAAAUUCUACUUAUAUUUGUAGCAAAAAUACGUAACAUUUUCAAGCUGUUUAAUUUUAAUUAAAACGUAGUGAACCACUAUAAAAAUUACUGUAAUUCAAUUAGCUGCUUUAAUUCAGUAUUUUAUUAGUUACAGUAUAAAAAAAUACGUUCCUUUUGCUCAAGUCUUCCAAUCGACAACUUCACUUGUACUUCCCUUAUCAGACGGAUACUAUUUGAGUUUCUAAACUGUGGCUUACGAAAACAUAUUUUUAGAACAAAUUUCUAAAGUAACCUCUAAAAUUAAUGAACUAUUAUAUGCUCCAAUAUCGGCAUAAAAAUAGCUUGAAAAUUCAGCAAAUUCGGGGCUAGGCAGAGAUGGAUUUGGAUGGAUAGACGUCAAAAUUUUGUUUGAAAAUGAAUCUUUCACAACACCAGCGCCCCUAGUGACGAACGAUUAAAAAAAUUUUUAAUCGCAAGGACCGUACAGCCGAAACCGUAAUAUUUUUGAAUGAACGUGUUAGUAAAUUUCUUUUUUUUUUUAAGUUUAAAUUUAAAUAAAAACAGGAAAUAAAAUUGAAAUUAAAAAUUUAAAAAACCCCUCUCCGUAGUACUUGGCAUCAGUUCACCUGCUAAAAAGAGCUAACGAUUGCCCCAUUAUUCUCUUUCAAAUGGAAAAAAAAGAUCAAAUUCGAUACAGUCGUUUGGCUGUCACACAGGCACGUUAAACUUAUAAGUCCCCUCCUUCUAUCGUCGGGGGUUAAAUGUUUAGAAAACUCAAAUAGUAUUGGUAUAAUUGUAAACUAGUCAAGCAUUAAGGUAAGUGAUGAAAGUGUUCAAGAUGGCGUAACUUCGACGUGUCCGGGCGUGGCUGGCGUUUAUUUAUAUAGUCAUAAGUAUAUUUAGCUUCAAUAUUUAUAAGACGAAGAAUAUGUGUGUUAAUUAUUAUUAAUGUCUAGAGAGUAUCAAAUGAUCUUGUUUCUUUAUAUUAAUUUAGUUUAAUUGUGCCGAUAAAGUGGUUAAAAAAUCUACAAUAUUUUUAACUGUUCAAUGUGCUUUCUACGACGAAAGCGGCAAGGCAGAGCGACGCGGCGCGAUGUGUCAAUAUCAGUAGCACACGUAUGUAGUUACUUAUAACUAAUGUUAUCUAAAAAAUGUGACAUAGGUCACAAGUAACUAGACUGGUGCGCACAUCGGAUCGCAUCGCACGUUUUGUAUUUGCACAGCUCACCUAGUACGCCGGGUUGGUCACAUACGUGAAUGUAAUGGGCGAGUCGCCCUUUCGAAGGUGUGUAACAAAGACGAUUGGCGAUACGACUACAAGUCUUUCAGAUAUGAAAAGUUUUGUUACCUAAUUAUUUAAAUAUGUGGCCGUCCAAAUCAAAAGGGACCUUAUGGCGGCUGGCACUUAGGUAUUAAAUGCCGUUGUUCGAAUAUAAAACAACGGCAAUAAUAGCGUAAGUGCCGGGCGUCAUAAGGCCCGUUUUGAUUUGGACGACCACAUUACUUAUAUCUUUUUAACUCCGUAGAUCAUUUAAUCAUCUUGAGAAUGGUACACGAUUAAUGUUAAACACAAAAUAACGAAACACAAUUGUUUGAUACGUCUGUAUAACUAUCAUUGUUAGUAUUAUAUCUACUUAUGUGCGUUAUAAGCACAACGAAUUAAGCACAAGUGGCUAAAUUUGCUAGAUUUUAGAAUAUGUUACCUCUUGUAAAAGACAAAUUUGUUGUAAUUGCUUGUUAUCCUAUCAAAGGACUUUUGUUUAUCCUUAGUAUAAGAUUGUUUUCAGUACCCUAAGGUUUAGGGCAGAGAAACCUAUUUUUAAAAGCAAUUUUAGUUUUACUUGUUGUUGUUUGACAUUUGAGGAUUGCAAUAAUCUGAUCUGGUGAAUGAUAAGUGUAAGUAAAGGCUAUAUCACUGCAGUCAUAGCAAAUGGUAGAGUUGCACCGAUGAGUGGCAGUUAAUGUGUUGUGAAACAAAAUCAUUGUUCAUUUUAAUACGCAUAACAAAUUGUAGUGAAAUUUCCAGUUCGACGCAUCGAUCAGAUAUAGAUCAGCCAGCUCCAGAUUCAUCCUCUUGAUUUCACUAGAUCAGAUGUUUGCGAGUCUGUCUAAAUAAUUCUGGGGGUCCAAGAAGUGUUAGAAAAUGUCAACGUUGAAAUUCGGACAAGUUUUUGAAAGCCGUUGAGCGUGUUUACAAGUGUUAUGGAAAUUUAGAAGUUUACAGAGAUUGACUGUAAAUAAUAUUUGGAUUAAGGCAAUUAAUUGGCCAUUCUAAUUUUGCGAAUCGAUUAUUUCUCGUUAGUGUUUGAUUAAUUUUGUGUUUUUACAGUUACAGAGCUUUUUACAAUAAAAAAAUUUACGAUUGAGUAGAGUCGACUACGGCUAUAUUCACUAUAUAUUUUCCAUAUUAUUUACUAUCGGCCUCUGUACACUACUGAAUGUUAUUGGGGAGAAUGUUUUGUUAAAUUUCUCAUUACAAUGUUGUGAAAAAUAUUUAGUAUACUUAUUCUUAAAAUCCCCUUCUAGAAAGUUUCAAAUACGCUCCUUAAUUGUAAGUGUGAUUUUAAAAUUAAUUUAAUUAUAAAUUUUAUCAAUACUGUAAGAGAUAAAAGAAAUAAAUCGAUUAGUUAAAGUUAAUCGUCAAGUAUGUGAUAUGGGAUAUUCUGAAGUAGUAUUCGUUUCAUUUCAUUAUAUGAAAUAUGGUUUGUAGGUUAUUUUUUUGAAUUUUCAACAUCAGGGAAAGAUCUGUUGGAAAUAAAAUAGGACCAAAACAUGAUUCCCUGAGCGCUGUAGUCACAUCUUCAUUGAUAUAAUAGAAAAAUCACAAAAUUCUUAUACGUAAUGUGUAAAUGUAAGUAGUGGGUGUAACUCUUCCUUAAUUUCUUUUUGUAUUUAUUGGUAAAUCUUCUCGGAUGUAGUCUAAUGAGAUCUAUAAACAGCCUAUUUUCGCUUAUUUUUCCUGGCCUUAGUUAUAAAGUAAAAAAAAAACCAAUAUGGUGAUGGUGGAAAUUUAAGUACGUUGAUUUAUGAAUUUAUUUUACAUAAUACAUAUUUAUGACUUGUUUUGUAGCUACUCAUACAUAGAAAAGUAUAUUAUAUAUUGUGAGUUUAAAUUAAGUUCUAUAACUGCUCCUGAAAUAUAUUUGUACUUAAUUUAAAGUCAUUUUAUGUGGGCUUCUACUGCGUGACACAGUAAUACGUACAGUCUCUUAUCAUCGUCACCUGUUAGAGAGAGAGAGAGAGAGAGAGAGAGAGAGAGAGAGAGAGAGAGAGAGAGAGAGAGAGAGAGAGAGAGAGAGAGAGAGAGAGAGAGAGAGCGAUGCGUCUGUGCGUCACGCAGCGGACUAUUUCGAGUUGAUAUCACUAUUGCUUGCUGAGAGAAUAGGAUAAGGCUUCGUCUCAAUUAUUAUAACUAUACUAUACAUCAUAAACGGCUAGUGUUACUGAAAUGCUGUCAAUUGGUCUUUUUACUAUUUAUUGUUCGUUAAGUAUAAGACGUAAUUCGCUUCUGUGCUCAAAAUUUAAGUAUGCUAUCGAACGUUUCAACGUAAUUCAAAUGAUUACGAGUAUUCAUUAUUUUCUAUAAAAUGUAUAUUUUACGUUGUAUAAAUAAAUAGACUGUUUUCAAACUUCUUUUAGGACGUUGGAUUACUUCUUUAAAUAAACAUUUUUGAUAAUAAUUUUCUACAAUAUUUGUUGAAUUUUCACUGUUUAUAAAUAUAUAUACUUUUGAUCGCAAUUUUAUAUGGUACUUGUGCUUUGAAUAUUGUGCUUAACGAUGUCAUUUACGUAAAUGUAAAUUUAGUUUUACUAUAGUACCUACUCAUGUAUAAAUCAAUUUAUCUAUAGGGGAAAAAAUUCGGGGAAAAUCUAAUAUAUCUCAGUAUAUAAAUACUAUUAUUUUUUAUGUCGAAUUUUGCUUACAAACAUUAGAAUUUAAAUACAAUUUUCAAAGGAAAUAUACAAGUUUUAUCUAAAUAUACGUUUAUGUAAACGGACGCGUAGCUAUCAUUCUAUAUUCUGUGGCCUAGAAACUCUACUGCCUAACAUAUCGUAUAUCUAAAUUAAUAUGCUAAAAUUUAUUUUUUGGUAAAUGUGUCUGUACAUACUAUUUCUAGAUGGAGUUAGAUGUCGUGAAUUUAAUGAUUAGACAAUAUUAAAAUAAUUAGUUUAAACCUAUUUUAAGUAUAUCAUACAUUAUAUACCACUUCUCUUCAGUAAGCUUGAUAAUUGUGGUUCUAAGUAACUAUUUAUUAUAUUUAAAUACAUAAAAUAGUAUUACAUAUUAUAUUUGCGAUCACUAGCUUGUUGUUGAAUUACUUAUACGUAUCUCUCGCUUAUUCAGAAAAAUACGGGAAAUAUCAGUGUUCAAAUGUUUUUAGAUACCGCCUCCAAACCCGUUUGAUGUGCAGGGAUGAUGACAAUACAGUUAAAUUUGUUGGAGAGAAUUUAUUUUGUGUAGUUGUACCCUGGAGGGUAGUACAAAGACGUCCAAAGUAUUUUUUUUUCAAGUUCGUGUAUAGAUUCAAUAAAAUAUUAUACUUAGCAUUGAUUUGUUUACGUAAAACCAAAAUAAAACAGCUUUGAAAUAAAUUGAUUUUAUUUUGUGGUUAAUUUAAACAACUGCCGCAAUCAAGGUUUGCAUAUAUUUAUAUGAAAAUAGUCAAAUUUCACGCUAUUACAAUUCUUAAAAUACAUUUUAUAUAAACAGCGACGCCUAUCAAUAUAAUGCAUCAAUAAAGUAAUUUUUAUUAAAAUUAGUAUCAUGAUUAAGAAAGAAUGGAAAUCCAAAUAAAAAUAUACUACAUUCUUACAUUGAGUUGUAUAUUUUAUGUCCAAUUUUCGAAUUGUAUUCGUCGUUUGUAUUUAAAGAGGCAUUUAAUUCUUUAAAUGUAUUCAAAUAUGAUGUAAGUUAAAUUGUUCUUAAAUGAACAGUUGAUAAAUAAAAUCUGUUCGACGUUCGUUUAAUGACACAUAUUAAUAGCGCAAGUUCAAAUUGUUUGUCAAAAUGGCCGAGUCGCCCAUGUCAAACAUGGAGCGCGAGAGACAGGCCAGGCGGGACAGAUGUGGCGCGAAACUGUGACAUGUGUCACAAUUUUGCGUUACGAUUAGACGCGCUGAGUAUUCAUCAGUCUAUGCGGGAUUUUUAGCAAUAUGGCGCAAUCAAAUGUCACUUUAAAAUAAACGAUUUUUUUGAUAAACCUUUACAAGUUUACAGCCCAACAUUUUGUCAACAUAGGUUUACCCUUUUUAGAGAGACGUACAUUUGUCGCGAAAAUAUAAUUUGUUGAACGAAUAUAGAAAAUAUUUCGUAGCAAUAUUUGAUCGUUGACUACUUUUAAGGAACCGCCCUUAGAUCGCGUUAUAUGCUUUUAACUGACCAGUAGACAUAAACGAAACUAUUAAAAUAAAGUAACUUUAAUAGCACGACUCAAGCUAUAUUUCAUUCUAACCGUAGUAAAUAAAUAUAUAUUUACCAUCUUCUAUAUUAUAUUCUAAUAUUCUACGUGUUUUAGAAUGUGAUUCUUAACUUUGCUAACAUUAGUAAUAAUUUUACAAUAUCCUUAAUUAUUAAAAUAAAAUAUAAAAACUAUAUAACAACCAAAAACAAAUCUUCAAUAAUGACUUACAAAAAUAUCUAAAUUAUUAAUAGUUAAUUAAUAAUAAUUAUUAUAGAAAGCGCGCAAUCGUGAUCAUAUUCAAUCAUUACGCACAUAAUUUAAAAAUAAAUAAUUAUAUACGAAUUAUAAUAAGUAAAUAUGUUAUGUAUCUCCACCACAAUAUAUCAUCGAAUGUAUGUAAUUGUUGAUUGUUAUAAAUAUAAUUAAUUACAAAUAAAUUGUCUAGUUAUUAUUCGUAUGUGAUAUUGUUAUUGAAGUAAUAGAUAUUUAAAUGCUAUUAAAAAUAAUUAAUAUUAUUCUAUAAUAUUCUUCUUGUUGACUUGUGUGUGUAUUAGAUUAAAUCUUUCUAAAGUAUGUUGUAUUUAAGAAAAUUUUGUGUAAAUCACAGCUAUAUUUAGUGGCUACUGAGAUGCUUAUACAAAUGUUUUGGCGAAUAAUAUAUUGUGAGUUAGAAAGUGUAGAUAUUUUAUAUGUCGUCAAUAUUUCAUAAACUUAUAAAAGAUCUUUCAUCGUACGUCCACAGAAAUAGUUAAAAAAAUAACUAUAAUAUUACGAAUUAUUAUUGUCAUAAUAUUAAGGUAUCCGCCGGAUUCAGAUCUCAAUCUAAUGUUACUAAGCAGUACUGACAUUACGAUUAUAAGGAACUACAAAGUUAUACCAUUCGUUCAUUAUUUAAUGGUACUAGUGACACGGGUUGUUAGUACCGUUAAUAAUGGUCCGUGGUGCUAUCACUGGCAUAAUAAAAUAUGGGCGACUCGCCCGUUUUUAUCGUGAAUACUAACGAAGUGACCGCCCAGAAAUAUUCACUCUCUAUAGAAUACAUAUCACUCAAUGACAUUAAUAAUUAAACAAAUAUUAUUUUAACCAUUUACUAACUUGAAAAUAGAAAAUGUGAACGUUCCAGUGUUUUUAAUUCUCUUUUUUUUUUUAAUUACUUACUUAGAAACAAAACAAAAAUGUUUAUGAAUAUAUAAAGAUCCUACGACUGGACGUCAAUGGUCUAAAUAAAAACACUGAAUAUUUACACUUUCUGACAAAUAAAAUAAGCCACUUCUAGUCCAUAUCACUGGAAGCAAACUCACUGUAAUAGAAGUACAAUAAAAUACUGAAGCAAUAACGAAUAAAAUAUUAUAAGUCACGUAUUAAUAAUAAAUUAAUUAAUGGAUUAA